AUGUCUGCUGCUUUAGAUAAAUCCUUAGAUGAAAUUAUCGGUUCUCGUAAGAAACCAGCCAGAGCUAGAAUCACUAACACUCGUCGUGCUGCCGGUCCAAGAAGAGUAGCUAAGAAUGCUGUUGCCGGCCGUCGUGUUGCUUUAACUCAAAGAAAUGUUAGAGCCAGAGUUCAAAGAGCUGCUGCUCCAGUUAAUGCUGCUCAAAGAGUCGCUGCUUUGUUACAGAACACAAAAGAAGCUAGAGUUAACGUCGAAGGCUUACCAAGAGAAAUUAAACAAGAUGCUGUUAGAGAAUUUUUUUCUUCUGAAGUUGGUGGUGUCCAAAGAGUUUUACUAAGUUACAACGAAAGAGGUAAUUCUACCGGUAUGGCUACUAUUACUUUCAGAAAUGGUGAAAUGGCUAAGAGAGCUGUAGCCAAAUUCAACGGUGCCCCAAUUGAUGGUGGUAGAUCUAGAUUAAAGUUAAACUUAAUCAUCGAUCCAACUGCUCAACCUGUUAGAACCUUAAACGAAAGAAUCACCGCUCUACCAAGAGGUGUUCCUUCUCAAAGAGGCCAACAAAGACCUCACCAAAGGGGCCAACAAAGACCUCAACAAAGAGGCCAACAAAAACCUCAACAAAGGGGCCAACAAAGAGCUCCAUCUAGAAAAGCUGCUGCUGCUAAGGCUGAAAAGCAAAAGAGAAGAGAAAAGCCAGUCAAGAAAAGUUUAGAAGAAUUAGACAAGGAAAUGGCCGACUAUUUUGAAGAAAAGAAAUAA